CUGGGACCUACCUGUUCGGUCAACGUGUUUAAUUUCUAGAAGAUUGAUAUAACAGCAUUAACAGGGAAAAUGACAGAUUUUCAUAUAUUUGUAAGGUUUAGGUCGGUGGUAUGUGUUUUAAUUCUGAUAGUCUGUUCUUCAUUAGCCAUUGAUAUGUCUAAGUUUAAGAAAUGUGAAGAUAGUAGUUUUUGCAAGAGAAACCAAGCCAUUCCUCUUGGUCAAAGUCCUUAUUCUGUUGUUCCUGGUUCAAUAAAAUUCUCAGACUCAGCAAUAGAUGUACAAAUAAUAAAUUCCAAAACAAAUGUAGUUCUUAGUCUCCAAGUAAUAGUAUUACAGCAUAACACAGUUAGAUUUAAAAUUAAUGAGAUUAAUCCAAUUCAUCCUCGUUACGAAGUACAAGAUGUCUUAGUGAAACAACCAUCUCACUCAAGUUAUGAAAAAGUUAAGGAGACUGAUGAUCAAGUUCACGUAAAGUUUAACAACAAUGGUUUAAUCAUUACUAUGCGACCGCUACGGUUGGACUUUCUUAUCGACAACCAGAUUGCUGUCUCUGUGAAUUCCAAAGGAUUGAUGAAUUUUGAGCACUACCAAGCUAGGAAAGCAUCAGAUUCACUGUUAGGUUCCUUGUUUAGCUACUUUAGUUCUGAAAAGAAGGAUGAAGAGCCAGAAAAAAGCAGUGAGGAGGAUGAAAACAAUGAGGAGGAACCAAAAGAUGAGGAGGAAAAUGCUGAAGAAGAUUCAAAAGAAGAUGAACCAAAGGAAGAAGAGGAACAAUCCUGGGAAGAAUCAUUUCAUGAACAUAAAGAUUCGAGACCUAAAGGUCCUUCAUCUGUUGGUCUUGAUAUAUCUUUCCUUGGGUUUGAUAAUGUUUAUGGCAUUCCUGAACAUGCAGACUCCCUGGCUCUCAAGUCAACAAUGGGGAAAGAACCAUAUCGUCUUUUCAAUCUUGAUGUGUUUGAGUAUGAUUUGAACAAUGGCAUGGCGUUGUAUGGAUCUAUUCCUUACAUGUUGGCACACAGCGUUAAUAAAACUGUCGGCGUAUUUUGGUUAAACGCAGCUGAGACAUGGAUUGACAUCAGUACGGAAGAUGCCAAAAAGAACAUGUUAGAUUCACUGAUGUCAUACUUCAGCGCUGAAGAGAACUCCCAGCAGAUCGACACUCACUGGAUGUCAGAGAGCGGAAUCAUCGACGUCUUUGUUAUGUUAGGACCAAAACCUCACGAUGUGUUUCAACAAUAUGCGGCUCUUACAGGACCAGCAACCUUGCCUCCGAUGUUUGCUAUAGCGUACCACCAAUGCCGUUGGAACUACAACGAUCAAGAUGAUGUCAUAAGUGUUGAUGCCAACUUUGACAAACACGACAUUCCAUACGACGUUCUGUGGUUGGAUAUUGAGCAUACGGAUGGAAAACGAUACAUGACCUGGGACACUCACAAAUUCCCAAAUCCAGAAGAAAUGCAAAACAAGUUGGCGGCCAAAGGAAGAAGAAUGGUAACAAUCGUGGAUCCUCAUAUCAAAAGAGACGAUGAUUACCACAUUCAUCGGGAGGCAAGCUCCAAAGGUUACUACGUCAAAAACAAAGAUGGCGGGGACUAUGAAGGAUGGUGCUGGCCAGGUUCGUCAUCUUGGAUAGAUUUCUUCAAUCCUGAAGUAAGGGACUGGUGGGCAAGUAAAUUCGCUCUGGAUCAGUACAAGGGCUCUACGCCAACGCUUAGUGUUUGGAACGAUAUGAAUGAGAUGAGUGUCUUCAAUGGUCCUGAGAUCACCAUGCAUAAAGACGCUGUGCAUUAUGGCGGUUGGGAGAAUCGUGAUGUUCACAAUCUUUACGGAUUUUACAACCAAAUGUCGACAUACAACGGUUUAAAACGACGAUCCAGCGAUAAAGAGCGACCUUUUGUGUUGUCACGAGCCUUCUUUGCAGGAACCCAGCGAUAUGGUGCUAUAUGGACUGGUGACAAUAUAGCUGAAUGGUCUCAUCUAAAGAUGUCUUUACCCAUGAUGCUAACUCUCGGUGUAACUGGGAUGCAGUUCAGUGGAGCCGAUGUGGGUGGAUUUUUCCAGAAUCCAGAUGGUGAACUUCUGGUUCGUUGGUAUCAGACUGGUGCUUAUCUUCCAUUCUUUCGUGCGCAUGCUCACCUGGAUACGAAGCGUCGUGAGCCAUGGUUGUUCGAAGACAAAUACAAAAACCUGAUGCGUGAAGCGAUACGACAUCGCUAUGCAUUGCUGCCAUUUUGGUACACGCUCUUUCAUGAAGCGUCUCAAUCGGGAUCUCCUGUUGUUGCACCAUUGUGGGUCGAGUAUCCAGAAGACAAGACAACAUUUACGAUGGAAGAUCAAUAUUUACUUGGCCGUGAUCUGUUAAUCAAACCUGUAACAACACAAGGACAGGCGACUCUUGACGUGUAUCUUCCUGACAAAGACCAGUUGUGGUAUGAUUUGCCUGGUAACAAGUUCCAUCUUGGUGGUCAAACGAUACACGUUGCAACACCGCUUAAUAUGAUUCCAGUAUUCCAACGAGGAGGAAGUAUCAUACCACGAAAGGAGAGGAUCCGGCGUUGUUCAUCUCUCAUGACUGAUGAUCCAUACACGCUUGCUGUAGCUCUCAAUAAGAAGGGAGAAGCUGAAGGAAAAUUGUACAUGGACGAUGGAAUAAGCUUCGAUUAUCAAAAAGGAAAAUACGAAUAUCGUGAGAUCACAUUCAAACGAGGAAAACUCGAAUCAAAAACUCUCGACCCUUCUGCUCAUUAUGAAACAAAGUCGUGGCUGGAACGCAUUGUGAUUCUGGGAAUGAGCCAAAAUCCUUCACAGAUUGUUGUUACUGAUAAAGAUGGAUCGAAGAAACGGCAAUUGGAACACGAACAUGACCCGGCAAGCUACCGAUUGACCAUCAAAAAACCGGCCGUGAAUAUGGCGGAAGACUGGAAUAUAGUGUUGUACGCCUAAUGAUUUGCCCAAAAUAUCGUUUUCGUGAAUAGGCGCGAUACUUCAUGUAAUGUUUGCCAAACGUAUUAUACGUAGAGGAAUGUAUUUAGCAGAUAUUGCACGAGCUUGCUUGCUUGCUAUGUUGCCUUUUUUUAAAAAACAGUGGAUUAUGCAAGAUUGACAAAUUGUCAAAAAACGAAACUAAUUAAAUGAUUUGAUAUGAAAAGAGGCUUGUUUUUGAUUGUCAAAAUCAGAGUCUCUAUCACUAUCAGGAAUUUGUGGUGUAAAGCAGAACUUCAUAAUA